GCUGUCCUCCAAUAGAAAAGUUGCGCUGAACGGGACGCUCCGGCGGGUGGGCUGUGGGAUGAUGCGGUUCGGGUCCAGGUGUGCCAUGCGGACAGUGUACUGAAAUUCCCCCCUUUUUCUGCCUAAAAGCCCUCUCCAGUUCAUGUCCUGCCCAUCGUUUUCUUAUUUGUGUCCCUCUGCACAUCCACCAAGCUCACGUGGCUGCAGUAAGUGGGUUUUCUGACUGUCAUGGCUUCCACUGCUUUUCUGCUCCUGGCCCUCUCCUCCUCCGUCUCCCUCACAGUGGCAGUCCUAUUUGGUGAGCCCAGAAUUUAUGGAGAGGAUGCUACUGGAUAUGGCCCCAUCUUUGAGGAGGAGCCUGUAGAUGUGGUCUACACUGAGGACUCACCCGAUGGGAGAAUCUCUAUGAACUGCAGGGCACGGGCUAAUCCACCUGCUACAUACAGGUGGCGCCGGGAUAACUGGGAAAUCAAGCUGAUGGAGCAGCCGGACGAGUACUACAGCCUUGUGGGGGGGAACUUGGUUAUCACCAACCCCAGACAGAAGAAACAUGCUGGGACAUACGUCUGCGUGGCCAGGAACAUCUAUGGCACCGUCAUCAGCAAGGAGGCCAGGGUCAAGUUUGGAUUUGUUGAGGAGUUUCCCCAGGAGGAAAGAGACCCAGUGUAUGUCAAGGAAGGACAGGGAGCUGUUCUGCUGUGUGCCCCUCCAAAAGCCUGGCCACAGGAGGUGACCUACCGCUGGAUCUACAACGAGUUCCCAGUUUUCCUGAACACAGAUCGCCGUCGGUUUGUAUCCCAGAAGACGGGGAACCUGUACAUCUCCAAAGUGGAAGCUCAGGAUGCAGGAAACUACUCCUGCUUUGUUUCCAGCCCUGUCACUGGGAAGAGUGUCUUCUCCAAGUUUAUCCCCCUCAUCCCCUCACCCCCUGAAGAUGGUGAGGAGAGAAAGUACCCAGCAGACAUCAGGGUGAAGUUCCCAGAUACUACUGCCAUGCUGGCCACUAAUAUUACAUUGGAGUGCUUUGCUCUGGGAAACCCCAUCCCUCAUAUUGUUUGGAGGAAGGUGGACCACACUGACCUCCCACCAAAUCAUGAGAUCAGUGAAUCAGGAGCUGUGCUUCAUCUGUACAAUAUACAGUAUGAAGAUGUGGGAGGAUAUGAGUGUGAAGCCAUCAACACUAAAGGAAAGGACUGGCACAAGGCCUGGCUGUAUGUGGAGUCUGCUCCAGAGUGGGCGGAAACCAUCAACAACACUCAGAUUGACAUUGGCUCAGAGCACACCAUGCGCUGUGUGGCAUCAGGAAAGCCGUUCCCUUUCAUCCGCUGGUACAAAGAUGGAUAUAUGUAUGGGAAGGGGGAGCUGAAGUUUUCCAGUCUCACUUUCGAUGACUCAGGAAUGUACCAGUGUAUCGCUGAGAACUACUGGGGCAUCAAAUACGCCAACGCUGAGCUGCGAGUCAUUGCCUGCGCUCCUACAUUCAAGUUUAACCCUGUGAAGAAGCAGCUUCUUGGAGCUAAAGAUCGUCGUGUUGUGAUCGAGUGUAAACCCCGCGCUGCUCCCAGACCGCGGUAUACCUGGACAAAGGGCAAAGAGCUCCUCUACAACAGCUCACGCAUUUCCAUCCUGUUCGAUGGGAGUCUGGAGAUCCUCAACGCCACCAAAAAUGAUGAGGGCCUCUACACCUGCUUUGCUGAGAAUGACAGAGGAAAGGCCAACAGCUCUGGCUAUCUCACCAUCACAGAGGCUACCAGCAUCACAGAAGCACCUGAAGACACUGAGGUAAUGGUUGGUGAUGAGGUGAUUCUGAGGUGUGCUGCUUCAUACGACCCCAUGCUGGACAUCGCAUUCAUCUGGGCCAUAGAUUACAGGGUCAUCGACUUUAACGCUGAGUGGCAACACUAUGAACGUGUUAUGAGUGAUGAUGGCAGCGGUGACCUGAGAAUAAUGAAUGCCCAGAUUUGGCACGAAGGUCGCUAUACCUGCACAACUCAGACAGUGGUGGACAGCGACACGGCAUACGCUGAUCUCAAGGUUGUAGGUGUUCCUGGGCCUCCCGGUGUGAUCCGGGUGGACGAGAUCGGGGACACGUGGGUGAAACUGUUGUGGACCAAAGCAGGGGAUCAUAACAGCCCCAUACUCUACUACACCAUCCAGACCAGACACUACUGGGCUCUGAAUGAAGACGACUGGAAGGACGCCAGCACCUCACCAACCUUUCUUGAUGGCAGUAUGGAGAAGGCAGAAGUGACAGACCUGUACCCCUGGAUGGAGUAUCAGUUCAGAAUCAUUGCCACUAACGAGUAUGGCUCUGGCGAGGCCAGCAUCCCCUCCCUCAAGAUCAAAACCUGGGAUGCUGCUCCAGUGGUUGCUCCCACUGAUGUAGCAGGUUAUGGAACCAGAAAUGGUGAAAUCAUCAUCACAUGGACACCUGUGCAGCCAUGGUAUUUCUAUGGCAAAAAGUUUGGCUACAUUGUGGAAUUCAAGCCUCGAGAUGGUUACGAUUGGUUUCCCCAGACCAUUUCGGACCCUGAGACAAGGCGUUUUGUCCAUCGGGACCCCACAUUCAUUCCCACUGAUGAAGAUUUCCAGGUCAGAGAGUUUCAGGUGAAGAUCAAGUCAUUUAAUUUGAAAGGAGACGGACCGUACAGCCUCACCAAGACCAUCUUCUACCCAAGAGAUGUCCCUAUAGAGCCUCCAACAGACGUCUAUGCCCGGCCAGUGUCCUCCACCGAGGCAGUGGUGUGGUGGUUGCCAGUGGUCGACACUGGUACAAGCCUGCAGCAGUACAUUGAGGGAUACCAGGUCAAAUACUGGAGAAAGUACGAUGAUCCGGAGCCGGGAGCAAACCGUAUAUUUGUUCCAGCCACAGUCAAUCAGACCAGGUUGGAGAACAUGCUGCCAGACUCCCACUACCUCAUUGAGGUCCGUGCCUUCAAUGGAGCCGGCCUUGGACCCCCUGGUGAACACUGUGAGAUGUUCACAAAGAGACCACCACCACCAGACCCUCCCAGGAUGUGGCGCUAUAUUUCCUGGACAGGACAGUGGUUGUAUGUGUGGUGGGAUCAUAUCCAGUAUGACUGGUUUGGCAAUAUUUCCUUCCCACUGUACUACAAGGUCAUGUUCAGAAAGACAGGGUACAUCUACGGGAAAGUUUACAUCACUGGCUGGCACUUCAUGGACUUCCCCAUGCCUCAGGUUGGAGACUAUGAGCUGAUGGUACGAGGCCGUUAUGAAGGAGGAGAUGGCCCAGUGAGGAAGAUAAGAAUUCAGGGUAAAGCAUCUAUGAUCACGCCCACUCUAAGCCUGGUGUCUUUGGUGCUGCUGGCGCUGUGCAUUGCAGGAUUGGAAAUUUAAGCCUGCCACAAGUGACAUGUAUAUAAUAGACUCUGGGAAGUUAUUAUGUGGGCCUACUGUAAUGAGAGAUCCAGUCUUCUUCUCCAAACACUCCUCACCUGAUAGUCAGUUAAGAUCCUACAUCAUGCCUCUGCCCUGCAUCUGUUCUGUUGUAACACCACACAGGAAGCUGUUGUUCACAAAAAAUAAAGACCCGCCACUUUUUAUGGACUUACUUCAUCUUCUAAAUGAACACAGCAGUGCUACUGAGCUGCAUAAGACUCCUGCAUCGAUCAUAUCAUAUCUCUAAGGAGGAGAUCGGAAAUGUACUCUGUCAAAUCCAAAUAUGUUUUAUCCAAGUCAAAGCCAAAAUGUUAGACAGGUGAUAUUUGGUUGGCUCAUUUAAUAAGGCCCCCUUAUUUUUUAAUUAAGCUCUCCACAUACUGUACUGUAAAUGCAUUCAGAAAAGCCAUGUUUAAGUUAUUAGCUGUAGUUAUAGAGCUGUUUUUUAUGCCUUUCCUCUAUGUUCCAAUCACGGUUUCCUGUGUGGACAAACAGGUAGAAUUUAACCCUUAAAAUGGGGGAAUGUUAUUUAUUACAAGCACUAUGAAUUUCUCAGAUGGUUAAGUAAUCGAUAACAUAUAAAGAUAACCACUGUAUUUGGUUUGGAAUGAGAAGAGAAGGAUGAGCGACUAGAUUGUAUGGAUAUAUAAUGUCACUUGUCCAAUUUUCUUCUUGGAUCACACACUGUAUAUCAUAUACAUACAGGCUUGUUAUUCACUAUCAUAAGAUUGUAGAUUCAGGAAGGUGUUUUCACUUUUGUUAAACUUUUAGUUUAGAUUAAUUUUCUACAUUUUCAAUGGUGCUGUAUGACAGGUACAAAGCUUGCUUCAUGUUAAUUAAGGUUUUCAUCCUAACCAGAGUCACAUGCGUAAACAAUUUAAGUAUGAGUUUUAGCUGCACCAAUGAAAGCCAUAUCACUUUGAUGACAACGUCCUUAGAGACCAAUGAUGAUUUGUGAAGGGAAAUGUAAUAUUCGAAUGAACCAUGAAACUGGGUUUGAAUAGAAACUGCUAUAUAUCACAUAUGUAUGCUAAUUUCCUUUAUGUCAGGCUGCAAAACCAUUAAACAGUGCAACAGUC